GUUUCUUUUAAUCACUCUCAUCUGUUUCAGAGACCAUCGAAGCUCGAUUCCAUUGUUUCUCUCAAGAAGAAAUCUAUAUGAGCAGAUAAAAAAUCUUUACUUUUGACUUUGUUAUCCAGUUUAUUAAGGGUUCUUCAUCAGAUUUUUGGUCAAAGCUUCGAAAAACGAGUGUGAAAUCAAGAUGGACGACGGUUCCGGUAGACUAAUCGGCUCGGAAAUUCAUGGAUUCCAUACCUUACAAGAUCUUGAUGUCCAGACAAUGUUGGAAGAAGCAAAAAGCAGGUGGCUACGGCCAAACGAGAUCCAUGCAAUCCUCUCUAAUCCUAUAUACUUCACCAUUAAUGUCAAGCCAGUGAACUUACCCAAUAGUGGCAGAAUUAUAUUGUUCGACCGUAAGAUGUUGAGGAACUUCAGAAAGGAUGGUCAUAACUGGAAAAAGAAAAAGGAUGGAAGGACGGUGAAAGAGGCUCAUGAACACCUGAAAGUCGGUGACGAGGAAAGGAUUCAUGUAUACUAUGCGCACGGUGAAGAUAACACUACCUUUGUUCGAAGGUGUUAUUGGUUACUAGAUAAGGCUCGAGAGAACAUCGUCCUUGUACAUUACCGUGAUACACAGGAGGCAGCUACAACAUCAGGGGACUCAAACUCUAGUCCAAUCUCCGUCUCUGAUCAAGCAUUCCCAAAUCGCGUGGCAGCUGAAGAUAUUGAUUUUAGCAUUGAGAACUCACGUUAUCUAGCAAGCAACAAUGAUACAGUUGUUAGAAAUCAUGAUAUUAGCCUUCAUGAUAUCAAUACGCUUGAUUGGGAUGAGCUGCUAGUACCAGCCGAUCUUAACACCCAUUCUGCACCAACCGUAGAUGAUCUGUCAUACUUCACAGAACCGCAUGCUGCAAAUGGCACUGCAGAGCAUGGGAAUGCGACAGUGGCUGAUGGAUCUCUUGAUGCUUUGCUUAACAACGGUCCACAAAGUCGAGAGAGUUUUGGAAGGUGGAUGAAUUCAUUUAUCAGUGAAUCUAAUGGCUCGCUGGAGGAUCCUUCCUUUGAACCCAUGGUUACGCCUAAGCAGGAUCCAUUAGCUCCUCAAGCUGUAUUUCAUUCUCACUCCAACAUACCUGAACAAGUGUUUAACAUAACCGAUGUUUCACCUUCUUGGGCCUAUUCUUCAGAGAAAACUAAGAUUCUGGUAACUGGGUUCUUGCACGACAGUUAUCAACAUCUCGAAAGAUCAAACCUUUAUUGCGUUUGCGGUGACUUUUGUGUCCCUGCGGAAUAUCUCCAGGCGGGAGUGUACCGUUGCAUCAUACCUCCGCACUCGCCUGGGAUGGUAAACCUCUAUCUUAGUGCAGAUGGACACAAACCAAUCAGCCAAUGUUUCAGGUUCGAACACCGUUCAGUCCCAGUUCUUGAUAAGACCGUCCCUGAAGAAAAUCAAGAAUCCAAAUGGGAAGAAUUUGAGUUCCAAGUCAGACUUUCUCAUCUUCUGUUUACUUCUUCCAACAAACUCAACGUUCUCUCCAGCAAAAUCUCACCUUCUAACCUGCGAGAUGCUAAAAAACUCGCUAGCAAAACAAACCAUCUCUUAAACAGCUGGGCUUAUCUAAUCAAGUCCAUCCAGGGGAAUAAGGUGUCGUUUGAUCAAGCGAAAGAUCAUCUCUUCGAGCUUACUCUGAAGAACAGGCUUAAGGAAUGGCUUAUGGAGAAAGUGCUUGAAGGUCGCAACACAUUGGAUUAUGAUUCUAAAGGCCUCGGUGUGAUCCACCUCUGUGCCAUUCUUGGAUACACUUGGUCGGUCCAGCUGUUCUCAUUGGCAGGCUUAUCGUUGAAUUUCCGUGAUAAACAAGGGUGGACUGCUCUUCAUUGGGCAGCAUACUAUGGAAGGGAGAAAAUGGUGGCUGCUCUUCUCUCUGCUGGGGCGAGACCGAACCUGGUGACAGACUCGACGAAGGAUAAUCUUGGCGGAUGCAUGGCAGCUGAUUUGGCACAGCAAAACGGAUAUGACGGUUUAGCUGCUUAUCUUGCUGAGAAAUGUUUGGUUGCUCAGUUUAGAGACAUGAAAAUUGCUGGAAACAUCAGUGGCGACCUGGAGGCUUGCAAGGCGGAGAUGUUGAACCAAGGCACUCUCCCGGAAGAUGAGCAAAGUCUUAAGGACGCUCUUGCAGCAUACAGAACAGCUGCAGAAGCAGCGGCUCGGAUUCAGGGUGCUUUUAGGGAAAAAGCGCUGAAGGCAGCACGGUCAAGCGUGAUUCAGUUUGCUAACAAAGAAGAAGAGGCUAAGAGCAUAAUCGCGGCAAUGAAGAUUCAGAAUGCGUUCCGGAAAUAUGAUACACGUAGGAAGAUAGAAGCUGCUUACCGGAUUCAGUGCAGGUUCCAAACUUGGAAAAUACGAAGAGAGUAUCUAAACAUGCGGCGUCAAGCAAUUAGGAUCCAGGCUGCUUUCAGGGGGUUACAAGCAAGAAGGCAGUACAAGAAGAUUUUAUGGUCGGUAGGAGUGUUGGAGAAGGCAGUUUUGAGGUGGAGACAAAAGAGAAAAGGUUUUAGAGGACUCCAGGUUGCAGCAGAGGAGGAUUCUCCUGGUGAGGCACAGGAAGAUUUCUACAAGACAAGCCAGAGACAAGCAGAAGAAAGGCUCGAGAGAUCUGUAGUGCGAGUCCAAGCCAUGUUCAGGUCUAAGAAGGCUCAAGAGGAUUACAGAAGGAUGAAACUGACUCAUGAAGAAGCUCAGUUGGAGUACGAAUGCCUGGAAGACAUUUGAUACUAAAUUGGCUAUGGAGAGGUGAGUCAAAGAGAAGUUUGGUGUUGAACAUUGAUGGUAAUUGAUCUGUAAAUUAUGUGAAUGGAAAAGGGUACUCUCGACCUUCCUGAAAUUAGUUGUAUGAAAAAAGAGAGACAAAAUUAACAAAUAGAUAUAGUUUUU